UUGGCAUACAACCUUCCUACUGGGAUUCUACAGCUCUGCAGAGUUAGCGUUUGUUUCUUUGACAAAAAUAUUCAGUUUCUAGCUGGGACCGGGAGAGAGUGGAGUUUCGAGCAGUCGAUCACAAUCAUAAUCUCAUUUCACUCAACGUUUAUCACUAAAGUGGAUCGAGCCUAUCGAUGCACUUGUUUCUACAUGGAAAAUGACAAAGUGGUUUCCAAUAAGUUCGAUGUUAGUAUGAUACCAACGACUGACUUGCUCGACACAGUGAAAAUGCCUUUGUGCACGUACACGGUACGGCGAGAGUCGAUCAACGGCCCUGUCGUGGAGUUUGCUAAGGUCGGCGACCAAGUGUUCCAUGUGUGGCAAUGUGAGAGUGGUGAGUCUGAACCUAGAAGAGUUUUCGAAAGAGCCCUCUCAGCGACUCAGCUUGUUUUUCCAGUUAUGAACGAAAAAAUCGUCAAUUUCACACUUUUCAAAGGCAGAAACCUGGGCCUAAGUCCAGCAUGCCUGUCUGCGGGCGGUCGCGACGUGGCUCUCUGA